AUGGACAAAGGAGGUCAACUGAAGGAGCUGCACUACACAGCACUGAAGACGCUACAGUUCGUAGCAGGACUUCAAGAUCCGUCGCUUCGAGAUGUUCGUCUCAGAAUGCUCCGUCGACUGGAUACGCACACAGAAGAUGCGCCAUUGACGAUAGAAGACCUCGUUGCUGAAUGUGAGAACUUCACCGCAUUGAAGAUGGACAACACAGACAUGGAAGGAAGUCAUGAUGUCCAUGUCGUGCAGAAAAAGAAUGUGAAGUACUUCGUGGAAUGUGGAUUACCGCACUACAGAAGCACAUGUCCGCUUCUCUCCUCCAGCACUGGACAGAAGAUGGGACAGAAACCAAGAAGACGAUCCAACCGUCGCAAGAAAAGCCAGUGCAAGAACGUUGUCACCUUCGCCGCUAAGAACGCUCGAGCCUACCUCGAUGUCAAUAUCAGCGGACGUUCUCUACGCUUCCAGCUCGACACAGGCGCAGAUAUCACGUUGGUAUCACGUCGAACGUGGAAAAAGCUCGGAUCUCCACCCUUGGAACCCUGUAUCAUGCCAGCCAAAGCGGCAGAUGGAUCACCGAUGAAGAUUGAUGGAAGAUUCUCCACAGGCUUCUUUGUCAGAGACCGGACAACAGGGAAGAAAAUCCUAGAAGAAGCAAACCGAGAGGAAAUCGCCGUAGACUUGAAGAAGGAAUACGCAGAAGUGUUCAAAUGCGGACUUGACAGAUGCGUCAAGACUAAGGCGAAGUUGUUGUUAAGGGACAACGCAGUACCUGUUUUCAAGGAGAAGCGACCAGUACCCUAUGCCUCCGUGCCGGAUUUGGAUGCUGAAAUUGAUCGGCUGGUGGCCGAACAAGUGAUAUCCCCAGUAGAGCACUCAGAGUGGGCCACGCCUAUGGUUAUAGUCAAGAAGAAAAGUGGGCAAAUCCGCUUGUGCGGAGACUUCUCGACAGGAUUGAACGAUGCGCUGCAGUUGCACCAACACCCGUUGCCCACGGCGAAGGACGUGUUUACGAAGCUGAAUGGAGGACAGCUUGUCACGCAAAUCGAUUUUGCAGAAGCAUAUCUGCAGGUGGAAGUUGAAGAAGAAUCGAAGGAAAUGCUGACGAUUAAUACGCAAAGAGGACUGUACCGCUACAAUCGUCUACCCUUCGGCGUGAAGUCAGCACCUGGCAUAUUCCAGCAGAUCAUGGAUUCAGUGAUAUGUGGACUGGAAGGCGUUGCUGCCUAUCUGGAUGACGUGAUAGUCACAGGCCGCACACAACAGGAGCAUCGCCAUAACUUGGAAGCGCUAUUCGGAAGGAUCCACGAAUACGCUUACGCGUCCGAUUGGAAAAAUAAGGACGGAUGUCAUCCUGACCCAGAUAAGAUUGAGGUCAUCCGCCAGAUGUCAGUACCAAAGAACGUGGCAGAGGUUCGCUCGUUCCUUGGUAUGAUCAACUACUAUGGAUCGUUUGUCGCGGAGAUGUGCCAGUUACGCGCACCGCUGGAUACUUUGUUGAAGAAGAACGUUCCGUUCAAAUGGAAUGAGGAAUGUGAAGCAGCCUUCAAUCGCGCCAAGGAAGUACUUGCUUCAGACCUGCUCCUGACGCAUUUUGAUCCUAGUCUGGAUAUAAUUGUAGUGGCCGAUGCAUCAGACCAUGGAAUUGGAGCGGUGAUCCUGGGCAGGAUGCCGGAUGGGACCGAGAAGGCAAUAUGGCAUGCAAGCCGAAGUCUUACCGCUGCAGAAGGAAACUACGGUCAGAUCGAGAAAGAGGGACUCGCCUUGAUAUUCGCUGUUCGGAAGUUCCACCGUUACGUAUAUGGACGUCGAUUCAAGCUCCUCACGGAACACAAGGCGUUGAGGUUGAUACUUUUCGGAUAUGACUUUGAUAUCGAAUAUCACAAGACGACAGAGUUUGGACAAGCUGACGUCUUAUCACGCCUGAUCCCUCCAAGACCGGCUCAGACAGAAGAUAUUGUGAUAGCCAAAAUUGAACAGGACAUUCUUGCUGUUCAGAGUGCUGCCGUAAAAGCACUAUCCGUGACCAGGAAAACUAUUGAAGAAGAGUCUAGGAAGAAUGAAAGGGUAUCGCAGGUCAUAUGGAUGCUGCAGACAGGAACAUGGCCAAGCAAGCCUAAGGAACAAAUCAACACCUGGAACGCUCUGAGCUACGCACUGUCAGUGCAGAACGGAUGCCUGCAUUUUGGCUACAGAAUCAUCGUGCCAGCCUCACUUCAAGAAGCAGUUUUGAAACAACUGCAUGAAGGACAUCCAGGAAUGAAAAGAAUGAAGAUGCUCGCCCGAGGAUAUGUGUACUGGGCGAACAUCAACAGGGACAUCGAAGAAGCUGUACGCCACUGCCGCAACUGUCAAGAAGCUGCGAAGAUGCCAAAGAAGACAGUUCUCAACUCGUGGACCACUGAGAAGAAACCGUGGGACAGGAUUCAUAUCGACUAUGCGGGACCACUCAAUGACAACGGUACGCAGCUUACAGCGAAGGAGUUCCAGGGAUUCUGCGACAUGCAGGGAAUUGAGCCGCCGUUCCAUCCACAGUCAAACGGUCAAAUAGAACGCUUUGUGGACACCUUGAAAAGAACCCUUCAUAAGAUUAAGGAGGAAGGGACGUCAGAGAAGUUUGCAGAACUUUUGCAGUGUCAUCGACGAACACCAUGUGCGUCAACGCCAGGACAUCUCUUUCUAGCGGAGGUGUUCCUAGGGCAAGAAGGAACGGGCAAUGUGGAAAUUGAGGAGCAGUUGAAUCGUCAUCAUGGAGCACAGCAGAGAUCGUACCGCCAGGAAGAACUCGUGUGGAUGCGUGACUACCGCCCGGGACAUGAGAAAUUGAUCCCUGCACGUGUGAAGAAUCGCUAUGGACGAGCCGUGUACGACGUGCUAACAGAAGAGGACGAUUUGUGGUAA